CUUUGCAACAGAUGAUUUUUUUGUUGUAAUUAUUUAACGUACCAUAUAUUAUUAUUCUGAGAUAAUAAACAUCACGUGUUGAUCACGAUGUAAUUGAUAAGUUUCGUGAUGUGUAAUUGACCAAUGUCGAUAAAAUUUGGGCAAAUUAUCUGACUUUGUUUUGAAAGAGAUCUUAGAUUUUUUAAUUGAUAAUAAAAUUAAUACUGUAGUAAACACUGAUUUAUCGCUUUUAUUUUAAAAUUCAAGAAAAAUGGUUGUGAAAGCGCCUGCCGUUAAACUUUCCAGUGGAUAUGAAAUGCCUAUUGUUGGUCUUGGCACAUAUGCACGUAAUGCAGAACCAGGGCAAGUUCGCCAGGCUGUUGAAUGGGCAAUUGAAGCUGGCUACCGUCAUAUAGAUACUGCAGCAAUCUAUCAUAAUGAGGAACAAGUAGGAGAGGGCAUAUCUAAUAAAAUUAAACAAGGAGUGGUUACCAGAGAAGAACUAUUUGUUACUACAAAGCUCUGGAAUGAUAAGCAUGCUGAAGCAGAUGUACUGCCUGCAUUGCAGGAAUCCUUGUCUAAACUCAAGCUGACGUAUGUUGACUUGUAUCUCAUACAUUGGCCAGUAUCUGUCAAUGAAAAAAGUGAAGAUACAGAAAUAGAUUACAUUGAGACAUGGAGGGGCAUGGAGAAUGUUGUAAAAUUGGGUCUCGCUAGGUCCAUCGGGGUGUCCAACUUUAAUAAGGAGCAACUGACUCGCAUUUUGAGUGUCGCUCAAAUUAAACCUGCUGUUCAUCAGUUCGAGAUUAGUCCAACUUUGACGCAGCACGAUUUAGUGAAUUUUUGUAUACAAUCCUCUAUAGCUCCAGUCGCGUACACGCCGCUCGGUCUUCUAUCUGACGCCAGGCCAGAAUUUACUGGCAAGGACGUAAUCAAAACUGAUCCCAAGUUGGGUGAAUUGGCUCAGAGAUAUGGCAAAUCUAGAGCGCAGGUUGCCUUGAGAUAUCUAAUUCAACGUGGCAUUACGGUGAUUCCUAAAUCUUUCACCAAGUCACGGAUAGAGGAUAAUUUGAAUUUGUUCGACUUCAAACUCAGCCAAGAAGAUGUAGAUAUAGUUGACGGUUACAAUUUGAAUUUGAGAUGUGUUCCUGCACUCACAAUGGCUAAAUUAAAAAAUUUCGCUUUUUAAAUUUAUUAAAAAAUAUUAAGCUAAUAUGUCUAUAUUGUAUAUUUGUUGAUGAAAUAUUUUUAUACAUAAUAAUAGAAUAAAGAAAUUUAGCAUAUA